AUGGGGAAUGCUCAGGCCGGCAAGGGGUUCGUGUACUCCCCCAACGACUACCAGCUCGCCAUCGAGGCGUCCAAGGAGCUCGAGUACCUGCUGGAGAAGGAGUUCGGCGCGUUCGGCCAGGGGCUGCACGAAAGGGUCUCGUCCGUCGAGAGCGCCAUCCCCGCGCCCACAGUGCGCUCGAUCCGCUACGUUGCGACUCUGCGCAACCGACUCAUCCACGACCGCGACGUGAGGGCGCUGCCCGACCGACAGAAGUUCAUCCAGAAGUUCGACGACGCCAUGGUCGAGCUCAACAUCAUCAUCGAGAAGAAGCGACUCGAUGCAGGCGGACGCGAGCCGCCCGCUGCUCCCGGGUGCGUCAUCUCGUAA